GGGCGGGCGGGGACCGCAGGGGCGGGGCUGCCACCACCCGCACCGGCACCGGCACCGCAUCGCAUCGCACCGCACCGCGCCGAGCGGCUCGGCCUCAUGCCGGUGCCCCCCGCCCAAGGCUGAGCGCUACGCCCCGCCGAACCGGGCACGGGCACGGGCACGGGCACGGGCACGGGCACAGGACAGCAGCUGCUCCCCGCUAGCAGGACCCACCUCCAGCCGGCGCAAUGGCGGGAGCAUCCGUGAAGGUGGCAGUGCGCGUCCGGCCCUUCAACUCACGGGAGAUGAGCCGGGAAUCUAAAUGCAUUAUACAGAUGUCGGGAAGCACCACCACUAUCCUGAACCCAAAGCAGCCCAAAGAGACACCAAAAAGCUUCAGCUUUGACUAUUCCUACUGGUCCCACACCACGCCCGCAGACAUCAACUAUGCAUCUCAGAAGCAAGUGUACCGGGACAUUGGGGAGGAGAUGUUGCAACACGCCUUCGAAGGCUAUAACGUCUGCAUCUUUGCCUACGGGCAGACGGGUGCUGGAAAAUCCUACACCAUGAUGGGGAAGCAGGAGAAGGAUCAGCAAGGCAUCAUCCCGCAGCUGUGCGAGGACCUCUUCUCCCGCAUCAAUGACACAACGAAUGACAACAUGUCCUACUCCGUGGAGGUGAGCUACAUGGAGAUAUACUGUGAGCGCGUGAGGGACCUCCUGAACCCCAAGAACAAGGGGAACCUGCGGGUGAGGGAGCAUCCCCUUAUGGGCCCGUACGUUGAGGACCUUUCCAAGCUGGCUGUGACCUCCUACAACGACAUCCAGGAUCUCAUGGACUCUGGGAACAAGGCCCGCACAGUGGCUGCCACCAACAUGAAUGAGACCAGCAGCCGCUCCCACGCCGUGUUCAACAUCAUCUUCACGCAGAAGCGGCACGACGCUGAGACGGACAUCACCACUGAGAAGGUCAGCAAAAUCAGUUUAGUGGACCUGGCAGGGAGUGAGCGAGCCGACUCCACUGGUGCAAAGGGCACAAGACUAAAGGAAGGAGCAAACAUCAACAAGUCCUUGACCACACUGGGGAAAGUCAUCUCUGCCUUGGCCGAAAUGGAUUCGGGGCCGAACAAGAACAAAAAGAAGAAGAAGACGGAUUUCAUCCCCUACCGGGACUCAGUACUGACCUGGCUGCUGCGGGAGAACCUGGGUGGCAACUCCAGGACGGCCAUGGUCGCUGCUCUCAGUCCUGCCGACAUCAACUAUGAUGAGACCCUCAGCACCCUCAGGUACGCUGACCGUGCCAAGCAGAUCCGCUGCAAUGCCGUCAUCAAUGAGGACCCCAACAACAAGCUCAUUCGGGAGCUGAAGGACGAGGUGGCACGCUUACGUGACCUUCUCUAUGCCCAAGGCCUCGGGGACAUCAUUGACACCCAUCCUGCUGCGGGAGGAUCCAAAUAUGUGUCCGACUUUGAGAACAAUAAUGAUGCUAGAGGGGCAGAGCUGAGUCACCGCCAUGACAAUCUCUCCACAGUGACCAAUGCCAUCGCUGGGAUCAGCCCCUCUUCGUCCCUGUCGGCCUUGUCCAGCCGCGCCGCCUCUGUCGCCAGCCUCCACGAGCGCAUCAUGUUUGCUCCAGGCAGUGAAGAAGCGAUCGAAAGGCUCAAGGAAACAGAGAAGAUCAUUGCGGAGCUGAACGAGACAUGGGAGGAGAAGCUGCGGAGGACGGAAGCAAUCCGGAUGGAGAGGGAAGCGUUGCUGGCUGAAAUGGGGGUGGCCAUGAGGGAGGAUGGAGGCACCUUGGGUGUUUUCUCUCCUAAAAAGACGCCCCACUUGGUCAACCUGAACGAGGACCCGCUCAUGUCCGAGUGUCUUCUCUACUACAUCAAGGAUGGGAUAACAAGGGUUGGCCGGGAAGAUGCAGAGAAGAGGCAGGACAUCGUUCUCAGCGGGCACUUCAUUAAGGAAGAGCACUGCCUUUUCCGCAGCGACACCAAAACUGGUGGUGAAGUAAUAGUGACCCUGGAGCCCUGUGAAGGUGCUGACACCUACGUGAACGGCAAAAAGGUGACAGAGCCCAGCAUCCUGCGCUCAGGAAACCGGAUCAUCAUGGGGAAGAGCCACGUCUUCCGCUUCAACCACCCCGAGCAGGCUCGGCAGGAGCGGGAGCGGACCCCAUGUGCUGAGACCCCCGCUGAGCCUGUGGACUGGGCUUUCGCUCAAAGAGAGCUGCUGGAGAAGCAGGGCAUUGACAUGAAGCAGGAGAUGGAGCAGCGGCUCCAGGAACUGGAGGACCAGUACCGGAGGGAGCGGGAGGAGGCGAAUUACCUUCUUGAGCAGCAGAGGCUGGACUAUGAGAGCAAAUUGGAGGCUUUGCAGAAGCAAAUGGACUCUAGGUAUUACCCUGAGGCAAAUGAGGAAGAGGAAGAACCUGAGGAUGAAGUGCAGUGGACAGAGCGGGAGUUCGAGCUGGCCCUCUGGGCCUUUAGGAAGUGGAAGUGGUACCAAUUCACCUCCCUCCGCGACCUGCUCUGGGGCAACGCCAUCUUCCUCAAGGAAGCCAAUGCUAUCAGCGUGGAGCUGAAGAAGAAGGUCCAGUUCCAGUUCGUGCUCCUCACAGACACACUGUACUCGCCUCUCCCUCCCGACCUGCUGCCUCCCGAUGCCGCCAAGGACCGGGAGAAGCGGCCAUUCCCCCGGACCAUAGUGGCCGUAGAGGUGCAGGACCAGAAGAAUGGGGCGACGCAUUACUGGACCCUGGAGAAGCUGAGGCAACGCCUGGACCUGAUGCGUGAAAUGUAUGACCGUGCAGCAGAAGUGCCUUCUAGCAUCAUCGAGGACUGCGACAACGUGGUGACUGGCGGAGAUCCUUUCUACGACCGCUUCCCCUGGUUCAGGCUGGUCGGCAGUUCAGAUAUCUCUGGCUGCAACAGCUCUCCUCUUUUCAACACAUGCAUGAGCGAGCGCAUGGCUGAUCUCACCCCCUCCCCUACCUUCUCGAACCCCGACUCCGACAUCACCGAGCCUGCUGACGAGCAGCACCAGGGGCAGGAGGAGGAGGAGGAGGAGGAGGAGGAGGAGGAGGAGGAGGAGGCGGAGGACCUGGAGGAAGACAUCUUUCCGGAGUGCCCGCUGUGUGAUGGCCGGGAUCCGUUUUACGACCGCUCCCCCCUGUUCAGUUUAGUAGGAAGGGCUUUCGUCUACCUGAGCAACCUCCUCUACCCCGUGCCCCUGGUCCACCGCGUGGCCAUCGUCAGCGAGAAGGGUGAGGUGAAGGGCUUCCUGCGUGUGGCUGUCCAGGCCAUCUCAGCGGAUGAGGAAGCCCCCGACUACGGCUCCGGUGUGCGGCAGUCAGGGACGGCCAAGAUAUCCUUUGAUGACCAGCACUUUGAGAAGUUCCAGUCAGAGUCGUGCCCAGUUGUGGGGAUGUCUCGCUCGGGGACCUCCCAGGAGGAGCUGCGCAUCGUCGAAGGCCAGGGGCAGGUCAGCGACGUGGGUCCCUCCGCUGAUGAAGUCAACAACAACACCUGCGCAGUGACUCCAGAAGACCUUCUCCUGGACAGCCCAGAGAAGCCUGCGCCGGACGGGCCGCUGGAGGCAGCUCUGGACCACCUGAAGCUGGGCAGCAUCUUCACUUUCCGUGUGACAGUCCUGCAAGCCUCCAGCAUCUCCGCAGAAUACGCAGACAUCUUCUGCCAGUUCAACUUCAUCCAUCGCCACGAUGAGGCCUUUUCGACAGAGCCCUUGAAGAACACGGGACGGGGGCCACCACUGGGUUUCUAUCACGUCCAAAACAUUGCUGUGGAGGUGACCAAGUCCUUCAUUGAAUACAUCAAGAGCCAGCCGAUUGUAUUUGAAGUCUUCGGGCACUACCAGCAGCACCCCUUCCCACCUCUCUGCAAGGAUGUCCUGAGCCCGCUGAGGCCAUCCCGGCGUCACUUCCCCCGUGUGAUGCCACUCUCCAAACCAGUGCCUGCGACAAAGCUGAGCACCAUGACUCGGCCCAGUGCAGGCCCGUGCCAGUGCAAGUACGACCUGAUGGUCUUCUUUGAGAUCUGUGAGCUGGAGGCCAAUGGCGACUACAUCCCUGCCGUCGUGGACCACCGUGGAGGGAUGCCAUGCCAUGGGACUUUCCUCCUCCACCAGGGCAUCCAGAGGAGAAUCACCGUCACCUUGGUGCAUGAAACAGGCAGCCUCAUCCGGUGGAAGGAAGUGAGGGAGCUAGUUGUGGGUCGGAUCCGGAACACCCCAGAAGCAGAUGAGUCUCUCAUCGACCCCAACAUCCUAUCCCUGAACAUCCUCUCCUCAGGGUACAUCCACCCCUCACAGGAGGACCGGACUUUCUACCAGUUUGAGGCAGCGUGGGAUAGCUCCAUGCACAACUCUCUGCUGCUUAACCGUGUCACCCCAUACCGGGAGAAAAUCUACAUCACCCUUUCUGCCUACAUCGAGAUGGAGAACUGCACUCAGCCCGCCAUCAUCACCAAAGACUUCUGCAUGGUUUUCUACUCCCGGGAUGCCAAGCUUCCUGCCUCCCGCUCCAUCCGCAACCUUUUUGGCAGCGGCACCCUGCGGGCUUCUGAGAGCAACCGCGUGACAGGAGUCUAUGAACUCAGCCUCUGCCGCGUGGCCGAUGCUGGCAGCCCAGGCAUGCAGAGACGGCGCCGGCGUGUACUGGACACCUCCGUAGCCUACGUGCGGGGAGAGGAGAACCUGGCUGGCUGGCGGCCCCGCAGCGACAGCCUCAUCCUUGACCAUCAGUGGGAGCUGGAGAAACUCAGCCUCCUGCAAGAAGUGGAGAAGACUAGGCACUACCUGCUCCUGCGCGAGAAGCUGGAGACAACCCAGCGCCUGGGCCUGGAGACCCUGUCCCCCUGCUCCAGUGAGGACUCCGAGUCCCGAAGCACCUCCAGCGUCUCCUCCCCGCUCUCUGUCGACGGGGCCCCCGAGGGCCGCAUCUCUCCCACUGAGACCCCCAGUGAGAGGCAGAAGGAGCUGGCCGUGAAGUGCUUGCGCCUGCUCACGCACACCUUCAACAGGGAGUACAGCCACAGCCAUGUCUGCAUUAGCGCCAGUGAGAGCAAGCUGUCCGAAAUGUCUGUGACCCUAAUGAGAGACCCCUCCAUGCCAGCUCUUGGGGUCACCACUCUCACCCCCUCCUCAACCUGCCCGUCACUGGUGGAAGGACGCUACAAUGCCAUGGAGGUCAGACCCCCCCAGAUCUCCUCCAGGGCAGAGAGCCCCGACCUGGAGCCUGCAGUAGAAGGAGAGCAGAAGAAGUCCCCGGCCCGCCGGCCUGAGGAGGAGAAGGAGCCCCAGCGUUUGCUGGUGCCUGACAUCCAGGAGAUCCGGGUCAGCCCCAUCGUCUCCAAAAAGGGCUACUUGCACUUCCUGGAGCCCCACACCAACGGGUGGGUGAAGCGCUUUGUGGUGGUCCGGCGCCCAUACGUCUACAUCUACAACUCGGACAAGGAUGCUGUUGAGAGGGCCAUACUCAACCUUUCCAAGGCCCAGGUGGAGUACAGCGAGGACCAGCAGGCCAUGCUCAAGACCCCGAACACGUUUGCGGUGUGCACGGAGCACCGGGGCAUCCUGCUGCAGGCAAGCAGCGACAAGGACAUGCACGACUGGCUCUACGCCUUCAACCCCCUCCUGGCUGGGUCCAUAAGAUCCAAGCUGUCCAGAAGGAGAACAGCCCAGAUGAGAAUCUAACCUGAAAAACACCCUCCACCUCAUCCAUCUGCCAACAGGAUAAGAUAGCUGAUUCUGUCUCAAGACUCCCCAUGUUAACGUCUGAUCUCUCACACCAUCUGCUGCCCCAGCUGUCUGCUCCAUGGAAGGAUCUGUCUCGAUUCACAUCUUCACGGGGAAAACUCACUUCCAUUCAUAGCUGCAAAAGCCUGGACCUGCCUGGGCAGGAUUUCUCGUCUGCAUGCCAUCAUCUGCCCGUCCCCCCAUGGGUGACCUUCAUGUCACACCAUCUGUAACGCUCCAGAAAGGUCCCUGUUAGAGGGGAGGGAGCGAGGAGGGCGGUUUCGGCUAAAAGCUGGUCUUUGAUCUACAGAGGUGGGAGUGUGGUAGAGCUUGGAGGUGGAAGAGUAGGAGGAAUUGCCUCCACGUGAAGGGAAAGUGGUAGUUUAGGUAUGGGGAUUUCCUAGUUUAUUGAUGUUUCGGCAAGAGAUGGCAGGGUAAGAUCAGGUGUCAGUAGUUUAAGAUGAUAUUUAUAAAGUAUUUAUUUCUAUUUACGUCACAAAAAUCCCGUAAGUUGGGUCCUGGCCCGUGGACAACACCUCCCCGAGGCAGGGGAGAGCCUUGGCGGCGGGCCAGGGUCCCGGAGAUGCCUUCCCCAGGACACCCCCGGUGUGCGCCCGGCAGCUGAGCUCUUGCCCUUGCUCCCCACCCUUCCCCAACCCUCUGCUUUGCCCCCCCCCUGCAGCUUAAACUACUCCCCUGAGCGGUGGCUGGACAGCCCACCAUGUCUUCCCAAAGGAGGCAAUUCCUACCUGCCCCAUCUACCUCUGGAAGCGGGGGAGCCUGCCGUCUCAGCUGGCCGGGGCACCCACAUCCAUGCGGAUGGGUAACCUUCCUUUGGAGCUUGGUCCUGCUGGAGGGAAAAGGAGGGCUCUGGGGAUGGCUCUGCCUGUCACCUCAUGCAGGGCUGUCCUUCCUGACCAAAAGCACACAGGCCACCUCCACUGUCCUGGUCUGGGGCUUUGUCCAAAGGGAUUCCCCCCUCUUAGGGCAGGACGCCAAGGGUCCCAUCCCUGUGGGGAAUGUGGAGGUUCAAGUGGCUGCUUCCAAAGCCAGAUGGGAAAGUUCCCCAGGAGCUGGGGUAGGAAUGACCAUCCUAAUCCACAGGAUCCUUGUUGCCCUUUCCAAAAAGGGCUGUCAAAUCCUUUCUCCUCCUAGCAGGACAACAGACUUGAAGCAGGUCGAAGGAGCAUGGGAGAGGCUGGCGUGGGGGUGUCAGGGUGGGGAUGGGGCUUAUUUUUACUAUUGUAGCUGGCGUUUUCUCACUGCUCUUCCCCUCCUGCAGAAGUGAGCGCCCACCUCCUUCCCAUCCUGCUUCUGCCGGCACGUUAAUCCAGGGGGCUUCCCAUGGCGGAGAUGUCUUUGCCGAAAAGACCUUCUCCUCCAGCCAUCACCGCUUCCCACCUCCUCCAGCAGCAGCUCUCCCUCUCCUCCUUCUCCCAUCUCUCACCCAUGGGGGGAUGCUUUCGUUCUGGGCUUCCCGAGUGGCCAGCGGCAUCUGGCACAGUUCUGAGCAGGAAGGCGAGCAUCUUCCUCCAUGCAUCUCCUGGGCAGCCCCCGCCCCCGGCUUCGCUGUCAUGCCUUUGCAACUGACCUUCCCUCGCACGGCACUGCUGCGCCUUGGCUCUGCCGCACCUCCCUGUGCUGUUUGUGGAGUGUGUGUGUGUGGGGGGGUGGGUGCGUGUGUGUGUAUCGGAUGUGGUGCCGUCUUCUCCUUGUUACGCUUGUGUCGUGGGAGGCAUGGACAGGCAGGUGGGCGGAGGCUUGCACGGACCCCCUUGUUGCAUGUUGGGUGCCGUUCAGCUUGGGUUUCAGGUGAUGGAAAGGGUUUGGGGAUCCUUCCAGAGUCGCUGCUGGUUCUGCCCAGCCUCGCCACAGCUCCUUGGGUGUCUCACCCCAUCGCUCUGGCCCAAAGCCACAGCAGGGCUGCCCCUCCCAGCCCUGCUCCCCGGGCAGGUGGCAGCUUGCCUGCCCAGGACAAGGUCCCUAUCAAACUGGGUUAUUUUCCCCCCUGUGAUCCAUUUUAGAGACCUGGAGGCCAACUUGUGCCCUUUAUGGAGGUGCCCGCCCAGGGGCGUGGAGGGGCAGAGCUGGGGCGAAGCAGGGGCCCAGACUGCCACAUCCUGGCUCCUCUGCCCUGGGCAAGGAGUGGUUGGGACCAUCCCAAAUUUCAAUGUAAGGGGCUUGGGGUGGAAACACUGGGUGCCCCAGGGGAGAGGGGAGGCUCUUCCAGGGUGGAGGCAGCUUCUGGCAGAGACAGAACCCGCGUCUGCCAGGGACCAGACACGGGUUUGCCGGCCACAGCUGGGUGGUGCUGCCUGUGCUGCAGGCGAGGGGCGGCCAUGGGCUGGGCGUCCUCCAGACAGAGCUGAAAUGUGCCUGAGGCCAGCAAACCUGCAGAGCAGACAGCUCGGCUGGAGGCCGCCGCAUUGGGGGCCGAGGGAGACAUGGCUGCUCACUGGAUGCCCGCAGCAUGCCUGUGGGACAUCCCCGGCUCGCAGGCCACCGUUGCUGUCUUACUAGCUCCGCUCUCGCCAGCACCACACGUGUCCCCGGUCAGGCCCCUGUCCCCCCCCCCUCCCCUCUACCACCACAGCCCUCCAGGAUGAAGAAUGCAAACCUGAGGUUUAGGCACGACUGUGAGCCCCAUCAGAAGGGAAAUUUCACAGGGCACCGGUGGCAUGGAGGGCAGGCGAGCGCCGGCAGACAGGCCCGGGGCCUGCAGAGGAGGGGAGGCUGUGCCCUUCAUGCCCUCCGGUUCCUGCUGGCCAUGGUGCCAACCCCGGGCUCUCCCUGCCCUGUGCCCGGGGAGUUGGCGCCUCCGGUCCCGGCCGUCCGCGCACACGUGAGGCUUGUUCGGUUCUGAAAUAAAUGUGGUAUUUAACGCAAA